UCACAAGGUACUUUAAUAAAAUAUACGAUAGUACUUGGGAGUUUCCAUAUUACGACAUCUUUAGCCACAUUUGUGAAAACUAAAAAAAGUCUCCUUUUAUAGUCCAUAUAUAAUCGAUUUUUAGUAAGAAAGAAUGACUAAAACAAGACUUCCGGCUUAUGGAAAGACAAAACUAGGAGUAAACUGCGUUUGGACAAAAAACUAACUGAAAAUGGCUUAAAUUGACUUUAAUGUCCCUAUACCCUAACAGCCUAACCUUACCUUCCGAUUUCUACUUCAGUGCGCUCAACUCUUUUUCUCCCGACACAUCAAGCAAACAGAGGCAUCGCGACCUCCUCCGCCGACAGAGCCGCAUAUCGCUACACUGGCCGUCGCCAUCUCCCAUGUCUCACGCCGGUAAGAGAGUAGAAGCAGAUCUUCAUCGCCGUCAUCACCCUGGCUUCUCGGCAUUGCCCUGCCCAACUUCUUUUUCUUCUCUUUCUGUCAGGCGUCGCCCAGGGUGAAGGCUAUUCUAGAUCUGCGACGAUCCUGCGGCGGCUGGGCGUGGUGGGGCAGCGGUGGUGUGAGGAUUUGGGUGACAGGGGAUGGGGAGUUGAGACUGGUGCCAGGAGAUGGGGCGGGGAGCUGCGGUCUGGGGAGAGGGCUGAGUGCUGGGGGCUGAGGAGGGGGGUGGGUGAGGCAUGGGAUGGGGUGACGCAGGGGUGGGGGAUUGGGUGAGGCGGGGGAUGGGGUGUGGGGCCGGAGGUGGUUGUCGUAGGCGGUGGCUGGAGGUGGUUGUCGUCGGCGGUGUUGGUCAACGGUAAUCAUUAUUCGAUUCGGAUAACGGUAAAUGAUCAAAUCGGUAUUUGUAAUUGGUUGGGCGGGUAAAUGUAACUGAACAAGUCAGAUAAUUGUCACUGGACGGGUCAAGUAACUCUAACUGGACGAGUCGGGUAACUGUAACUGGACGGAUUAGGUAACUGUAACUGAACGGGUCGAGCAAUUGUCACUAUACGGCGGACGUUGGUCAUUGGGCGGACAAAUGUUGAUGACUAGGUGAAUUUUUUGUCACUAAUGACAUUUGGUCACUGUGAUGCGGGUCAUUGGUGGGAUGUAUUAAUGUUUGGUCACUAGAUGAAUUUUGUAACUAUGCCAUUGGUAACUGUAACAGGUCACUGCACAUUUGGUCACUGUGACGGGUCACUGUAGCAAGCCAGUGGAUUUGGGCUGAGUAAGAGUGUAACAGUCCCUUAAGUAUUAUUCAGUCUUAUUUUUGGAACUUAAAAGAAAAGUUCCCAUAUGGAGCAGGAGGCAAUGCAGUCGGAUCUAAACAGUAUAAAGAUUCUUUUACAGAAGGAAAUAGCAGGGAUCUCUCAUAAGCAACAUAUUGAUACCAUUAAGGAUGACUUUCAGUUAAAACGUUUACAACAAGAGGCAGAUUCCGAUUACCUUUUGUCUUCUAAGGAAUACUGCUCUGAUAGUGAAAACAAUAAGACCAUCUCCAGGGAUGUUUGGGAGGUAGGGUGGCUUGAUAUUGCAGCUAAAGUGGAGGAUAUGGCCAACAAGAUUAGAAGGGAAGAGUCUGAGAUGCAUGGUGAAGGUAUUGUUGAUCUCACCAAUGUUGAUUCCCUACAGCCUGACAGUGAUGAAGAAGAGUUUACUAUGGUUACUCACAGAAGACAUACAAAAAGGAAAGAUGCUCAAGUCACCCCUAGGGUUACCAGAAAUGCAGCUAAGAAGAAAGAUGGAAUGGUUUUGCCAGUUACUGGAUCUCAUCACAGUAAAAUGGCUUCACAAGAUUCCCCAACAUCCAUUAAAUGAAUUGUUUGACAUGGAAUGUCAGAGGGAUGGAUUCUGCCAAAGCUAGGUUGAUCUCUUUGACUAAGCAAUGGCAGGUCCACAUUUUAGCUAUUAUUGAACCUAUUAUUGAUUUUACUAAGGGCAGACUCUUAUAAAUUUGUCUUUGGUCUUCCUAAUGUUUUAGCUUCUAACCAGAAUAAAAUUUGGGUUUUUU